CCCUACAUGCUGUUUCCGGUUAAAAAUAUUACAGUAUUUUAACGAUAUUUUUUAAUAUUUGAAGAUGGCAAGAACAAAAAGAGGUGGUAAAAGAUCAGGAAAAGAAAGAAUAAGGCGAAGCAAAGAAGAAUGGGAGGAAAUGAAGAGACAAAAUCCAGACCUUGGAAAACCUAAAGGAUACAAACUGGGACCCAAAACUAAUGAUGCCUUUGAGACAUUUUAUCAGGGUAUUGGGAUUGUGCCGGAAGGAGAAUGGGAGACGUUCUUGGAGACUAUGAGAAAGGAUCUGCCUACAACCUUCAGAAUCACUGGAUCCAGAGAUCAAGCAGAAGAACUGUUGAAGAUUAUCAAGGGGCAGUACUUCAGCAAGUUUAUAUGUAGAGAUGAUGGAAGUCCUAAACUAGAGCCAAAAUCCUUGCCAUGGUAUCCAAAUGAGCUGGCCUGGCAGCUGGACUUUACAAAGAAACAGAUUAAAAAUGUCAACACAUUAAAAAGCUUACAUGGCUUUCUCAUUUCAGAGACAGAAAGUGGUAAUAUAAGUAGACAAGAAGCUGUGAGUAUGCUGCCUCCAUUACUGAUGGGGAUUGAACCUCAUCAUAAGAUUUUAGAUAUGUGUGCUGCCCCAGGUUCAAAGACUGCCCAGCUUAUUGAAAUGCUACACAGUGAUGAAAAUGUACCAGUUCCUUCUGGUUAUGUUGUUGCUAACGAUAUGGACAACAAACGAUGUUAUUUGAUGACACAUCAAGUGAAACGUAUACAGAGCCCUAACUGUAUGAUAAUCAACCAUGAUGCCAGAAUCUUACCUAACAUGUUUACUUCAACAGAUGAGGAUGCAGAGGUUGUAAGAUACGACAGAAUACUGUGUGAUGUUCCAUGCAGUGGAGAUGGGACAAUGCGUAAAAACCCGGAUAUUUGGAACAAAUGGCAUGUCAAUGGUGCAUACAAUCUUCACAGAAUACAGAAGAAAGUGUUGCAGCGAGGAUUGGAGUUGCUGGCUGUUGGUGGACGUCUUGUAUAUUCAACCUGUUCACUUAACCCUAUCGAAGAUGAAGCUGUCAUUUUAACACUAAUAAAGCAGUGUAAGGGAUCUGUUGAACUGGUGGACGUGAGUGACAAAUUACCUGGACUGAAAUACAGUAAAGGAACGUACUCGUGGAAGAUAAUGACAAAGAAGGGUGAAUGGUAUGAGACGGAGGAGCAAGCUCCGGACCAGUUUAGGAAUAGUUGGGAUAGCACCAUGUAUCCACCUAUCAUCACAGAGGCGCAGGAUGCUAAACUUGAGAGAUGUAUUAGAGUGUUGCCCCAUCAACAGAAUACUGGAGCAUUCUUCAUAGCUGUGAUAGAGAAAACACAGGAGUUACCGUGGUCAUCAGGUAGAACGCAGAGGAGAGCUGACCCCAUUAUUAACCCAAGGAAUCGACUAGAUGAGUCGGAGAAGAAGAUAGCAGGGUCAGAACAUUUUUCAUUUGGAGUGAGGAGCGCAGGUGGACUUUACACAUACGCCAGGUGCAAUCUGUGUAAUGCUAAACUACAGGGCAAGAGUGAUUAUAACAGUCAUGUACAGGGCAAGAAACAUCAGAAAGAACUAGAGAUUAGAAAAGCAGCAGAGAAAGACAAAGCUGCAACAGAAUCUCAAGAAAUCAAAUCAGAGACAAUGGAAACCAUGGAAACAGAAAACAGUAAUACAGUCAAAACUGAGGUGACUGAAAAUGCUGUUCACUCAGAAACACUCAGUAAACAGACUGAAAGUGAUAACAGUGAUAACACUGACAGUGUAGAUAAAAUGGAAAUGAAGAGAAAAAGGACUGAUAGUGAUGAAGCAGAAACAUAUGGGAAGGUAGAUGAAGAUAGUAUUGUAAAAAAUGAAGACCAAAGUCAAGUUGAGGCAGCUGGAGAUUCAGCUGCAGAUAAGCUGCCACCAGCAAAGAAAAUGAAGAUGGAAACACAAAAUGAAGAAAUUAAAUUGGUCAUGUAUGGUCACAGGGAAGAUCCUUUCCUCUUUUGCUCGAAAGAUGAUCCCAUCUGGCCAAAUAUUCAAACAUUUUAUGACAUCUCUGAAGAUUUGGGUGUGGAACAGAUUAUGUACAGAAAUAUGAAACGUGUUCUGUAUUAUGUCUCGAAACCUAUACGUAACCUAGUCAUCUGUAACAGUGAGAGGGUCAAGUUUAUCAACCUGGGAGUGAAGUGUUUCAGUAAUGCUCCAUCUCCUCUUGUACCAGAUUGUGAUUUCAGACUCUCUCAGGAGGGAUUGUUAGCCAUUCAACAGCAUGUAAGAGGUAGACGUGUAACCUUGACCCGACAAGAUGUGAUCACAAUUCUGAGUCAGGAAAACCCGUUCAUUUGUAAACUUUGUCCAUCAGCUCAGGAAAAUGUAUAUGCUAUGGAUCCAGGAAGUGCUCUCUUCCAUUUCAAACCAAGUGAAAGUGAUCCAGAACCCAAUGUAGAGAUUGUGUUCUGUGGUUGGCGUGGGAAGACGUCUGUGAGAUCAUUUGUUGGGAAGGAUGAGAGAUCUCACUACCUGCGACUGUGCGGAGUGGAGUUGUCUGAUAUACAGUCAAAAGUACAGGAAAUGAAGUCGUCGAGGGAUACCAGUAUAUCUCUGUCUGGUACAGAAACUCCAGUUGGAGUGCCCUCAGGGGACGAGGCUGAACUAGAACAGUGGAAUAAGGAAGAGGAAGCACCAAGAGGAACUGAGGCAGAUGAGGCAGAAGGGGGAAAUAGUAUUGAAGCUUUGAAUAUAGAGAUUGAGGCUCCUGUAAAGUUAGAAUCUGAUAAUGAUAAAGAACAGACUGAUGAAGGUCAGGCUGAUGAAGGUCAGGCUGAUACAGAAAAUGAAAAUAAUAAAGAUGUUGAUUGAAAUAAAUGAAGAAGAACCUUUAAAUUAAUGUAGAAAAUGAGACAGAGGCUCCUUGGGAGAAAGUGGCUGUUACUGAUAUGGAGGAGAACAAUGCUUAAUAGGCUGAUGCAGUUAUUCACAUUUAAAAAAACAACAACAAAACUGAAGCAUCUAUUUUAAGAAGGUGGCAUUUAAAAUUAAAUAAAUGGCACAUGCUGUUUGCAAUUUAUACCAGCUUUAUACAAAUACAAGGAUCGCAGAGGAGUUUUAUACUGACUGAAUAAUAAACAAAAUCAAUUUCCACGAACAUUUAAUUCUGGCUAAUGUUAGGUAUACAGUUUAGAUUCUACACCUGAUAAUGGUUUUAACCCUAAAUGUUAACAAGUAGCUUAUGAGGCAAACUGUUGGAUACAUAAAUAAUAUACCAACUAGCAGUUCAGAAGACAGAUAUUAAAAAAUACAACACCACCAGAUAAUACAAAGAAGAAUCGCCUGGUGUUGAACAUGAAAAUAUAGAAAAAAAAGUCAAUCUGCAGUCCAAAAAUAGACACUUCCAAAGAAUUAAGCUGGGUAUGAACAGGGAAAAAAUGUUUUUAAGUACAAAUAUUACUGCUGCCAAAAUAAGUUGGCAGUUUGUUGUUGAACAUUUGAUAUGUAUUAACCUGUUAUUGUGGUCCAGAAUAAAAAACAGCUUUUAAAAUUUUAUGUAAAUAAAAUAAAAUGUUACUGAA